GAUCCCCCCACCACACCUAGACGUGCCUUCAGCCAGCACCGCCAAUCCCUCAGCCAGCCCCCCUCCACUCCCCUCCCCGAGGGCAGCAGGAUGGCCCAGCAACGCCACGCCGCGCCCCCCCCGCUCAAGACGGAGGAGGAUUACAUCCCCUACCCCAGCGUGCACGAGGUGCUGGGCCGGGAGGGGCCGUUCCCCCUCAUCCUCCUGCCGCAGUUUGGGGGUUACUGGAUCGAGGGCACCAACCACCAGCUGAGUGGGGCACCCAUGUCCCCCCCCACCCCGGCACCCGGCACGCGGGUGAGGCUGGAGGGCAACCACACCGCCAAGAUCUACCGCAAGCACUUCUUCGGCAAGGAGCACUUCAACUACUACUCCCUGGACCCAGCGCUGGGCCACCUCGUCUUCUCUCUCAAGUACGACGAGCAGGAGCACCUCCACCUCCUGCUGCGCACCCGCACCCGCACCCUGCACGACGUGGUGCCCAUCUCCUGCCUGGCUGAGUUCCCCAACGUGGUGCAGAUGGCCAAGCUGGUGUGUGAGGAUAUCAACGUGGAUCGCUUCUAUCCUGUGCUCUACCCUAAGGCCUCCCGCCUCAUCCUCGCCUUUGACGAGCACGUGCUCAGCAACCACUUCAAAUUUGGGGUCAUCUACCAAAAACUGGGGCAGACCUCGGAGGAGGAGCUGUUUGGCACGACGGAGGAGAGCCCGGCCUUCGCCGAGUUCCUCGACGUGCUGGGGCAGCGGGUGCAGCUGCGGGACUUCAAGGGGUUUCGGGGGGGUCUGGAUGUGACCCACGGGCAGACGGGCAGCGAGUCGGUGUAUUGCCACUUCCGAGACAAGGAGAUCAUGUUCCACGUCUCCACCAAACUGCCCUACACCGAGGGGGAUGCCCAGCAGCUGCAGCGGAAGCGUCACAUCGGCAACGACAUCGUGGCCGUGGUGUUCCAGGACGAGAACACCCCCUUCGUCCCGGACAUGAUCGCCUCCAACUUCCUCCACGCCUUCGUGGUGGUGCAGCUGGAGCAGGAUGGCUCCCAAGGGACCCUCUACAAGGUCUCCGUCACCGCCCGUGACGAUGUGCCCUUCUUCGGGCCUCCACUGCCUGACCCCGCUGUCUUCAGGAAGGGCCCCGAGUUCCAGGAGUUCCUGCUGACAAAGCUGAUCAACGCUGAGUACGCUUGCUACAAGGCUGAGAAGUUCGCCAAGCUGGAGGAGCGGACGCGGGCCGCGCUGCUGGAGACGCUGCAGGAGGAGCUGCAGGCGCGCAGCCAGGCCAUGCUGGGGGGCGGCUCCGACGACGAGCGGCCCGACAACGGCGCCGGCGCCCCGGGCUUCUUCGAGUCCUUCAAGUCGCUGCUGGUGCCCGGGAGCCGGCGGGGACGCCGCGGCAGCGCCAUCGGGCUGGGCUCGGUGGAAGAGGCGCUGCUGGUGCCCGGGAAGAGCCCGUCGCGGCGGCGGCCCGGCCCGCUCGGCUCCCGCCGCUCCAGCGCCAUCGGCAUCGAGAGCAUCCAGGAGGCGCCGGCCGGCAGAGACGGCCCCGCCACCGGCCCCGAGAGCUCCAGCUCCGCACACAGCUCCCCCGAGAGCCGCCGGCACCGCAACAGGAGAGCCGCUCGCCCUCGGGGACCCACCGCGACGCCUUCACCGACACCCCGUGGCCGGGUGACCCCCCCGGUAGCCCCCCAGGCCCUGACCCCCCCUGCCCUGAGAUCAAAAUCCAGCUGGAGCAGCCCCCCCAGAAUCCGGCCUCAUAGUCACCCCCCCACCUCUGGGGGGGGCCGUGGGGGGAGAGUGUCACCACCCCCCCCCACCAUGUGCCACCCCCGUGCCAGGAGCUGAAGCCAUCAUCCCCAGUGCAGGAUUUGGGGGACACCCCCCCCUUGAAAUUGGGGGUGCCCCCCCCAGACAAUCUCCACAUACCCUGGGGGGAGGGGGUGGCUCACAAAGGGCCCCCCCUCUGCCAUGACCCCAGUGCCACGGGAGGGGGGAUCCCCAAAUGCAGAGUGGGUCCAACCAGAGCACCUCUCCCCAAAAAGUGGGGGAGGGACAAUGCAAAGUGGGGGCUCCCCCUGCCCCCCCCCUUUUAUUUAAAGGGAAGGAAGCUCCAGAAUGGGUCAGAUGCUGGAAUUUGGGGGUGGGGGGAGGGGCUGUGUUAUAUUUUUCACCCCCCACACCCCAAAUUCAUGUUUGUGUUUCCCAU